AUGAUUAGCGACAAGACAAAUUAUAAUUCAAAUAAAAAUUCUGAAAUCGAAGCUUCAUAUGAUUUUAAUACAACAGAUUCAUAUGGAAAUAUCAUAAAUUCAAAUGAAACUGCUUUACCCAUGUUAAAAAGCUUUCCUUUUGAUCUUGUUGGAUCAAUUUUAAGUAUUGCAGUGGAUACUCUCGGAACUAUGUUGAACAAAAAAAAAGAUUGA